CCUUAAAUAGCACCUGUUUAAAAGCUCCGCACAUUCUCUUGUCUGCUGUGCAGCACGCCGUCUCGCACAAGCACCGCAGACUCUCCCCCUGCCCCUCCUCAUUCACACACUUUUAUUUAACACUCGGACCCCUCUCAUCUUCGCCAUGUCGGCCGCCAGCACCGAGACCAGCGCUCCACCUCUGCCCACCGCCGGCAGCCGCGUCUUCUUCCAAGCUGCGCCCGGAGUGGGCUGCGUGGGCUCCGGGCCCAUCGCCGGGGACGACCCGGUCCAGAAGAGGCAGGGGAAGGUGACGGUGAAAUAUGACAGAAAAGAGCUGCGGAAAAGACUUCUCCUGGAGGAGUGGAUCAUUGAGAAACUCAGCGACCUGUAUGACUGUGAGGAGGAGGAGAUGCCAGAGGUAGAGAUCGACAUUGAUGACUUGUUGGAGAUGAACAACGAUGAUGAUAGAGCGAUCAAACUGCAGGAAUCACUAAUAGACUGUGGCAAACCAACAGAGGACUUUGUCCACGAGUUGCUGGGUAGGAUAAGGGGAAUGAGAAAACUCAGCGCUCCAAGCAAGAAGGCCCUAUAAUGGCUUUUGUUGGCCAAUCAUCAACCAUAUACAAUGUCACUGCAGCUCCGCCUACUUUAUACACUCAGUACGUGCCGUCAUCACACCGAAUAAUUCAUCCAAACAAUAGUGGCUGACCUGCAACCUGCAAAGCAUUCAACAUCAAAUCCAAGAAUUAGCACUAGUUAUUGGUAUCACACGCACAAACAAGAGGUAUAAAAACAUUUUACCUGAAUGUGCCAGAAAAUAAAACUGUGCUUUAGCCUGAAUAUGAACCCUUAAUUAUACAUCACAAGGUCAUGUUUAAAAAAAAAUGGGCAAAUCUCAUAAAUGGGGUUGAAAAAUAGUUGCAGUAAGUCUAAAAUUAGCUGUAGCCCUAUGUAAACACUGUGCUUUAUGAUGUUGUUUUCAAUUGGGGUUAUCUGUUGUUACGUCUUUUUCUAAAUAAAAUGUGUGUCACCAUUUAUUGUUCAUGUGAAUGAAAUGUUUUGAUUUUUUAUGACUUCCUUCCCUUUAUUAUGGCAACACGUACUUAAAUGAGGGGGUGGGGUGGUUUGAUUUCAAAGCACAACAUGUUAAAUGCAUCUGUUCUGUCUGUUUGUGAUGUUUAAACGCUGGAGAAAAAAGAAGAGACAUUUUUGCAAACCUAUAGCUAAAAUACUGUUAAUGUUUUUGAUGGUUACCCAUUAUUCUGUAUGUUUUGCCACAGCAAGGCAUGAUGGGUGCUGUAGUUCUCCAGGAGGCUACAAAAACCUCAAUGAUUGGCAGCUUUUCACUGAUUGUGUUUCAUGGCCGUCUGAUGAUCUUUCAGGUUUAAACACAAAGACCUGACCUUGUCGUUGUUUUGUUGACUUCUGCUGGCUUGUUUCUCUGACAGAGGGUGAUGUUGCCUAUAAGAACUUUCAGACCUUUUUUUUUUUUUUUGUUUUAUUCUGCACCAAACCUCAACAACUGAUGUCCUAGAAAUAAACAUGUCAGGUCAGGACCUGAAAUGUC